AUGGUGUUGGCCGCCGCCGCCGAGGCGCGCACUGAGCGAGGCGCGGAGCCCCCCCCCGCCGCAGCGAGGGAGCGAGCGCAGCCCCCUGCCCGCCCGCCCCUCCUCGGCGCGCGCAGCCCCACACAGGCGCGCGCCGUCUCCUUCUGUCCGCCUCUCGCCCGCCCGCCCGCUCGCUCCCCCCUCUCCGCCCGCUGCUGCGCCGGGCGCGUGCGCGGGCCGCGCGCUCCCGCUCGGGGUCGUCCCCCCCCCCAACGUCAGGCUCUAGAGCCCCGCCGGUCGCCGGCGCCUCAGGGGCAGCGCGGGCUGCUCCCCCCGCAGCAGCGCGUACACCUCGACGGCGGCGCCCCGGCUCCGGGCUGCAGCUGUUGUUGCCAUGAUGAUGAUGUCACGGGCGCAACCACUCGGGGAGCGGCGGGGGGAGGACGCGGGGCUCACGCGCACGCAUCCCGCCCCGGGAACGAGGGGAGGGGGGUGAGGAAAAUGUCCGCCCGCCGCUCUGCCCCGGCCGCUCCCUCCGGAAGGGGGCUCGGCGGCUCGGCGCUCGGCCGGGCGGGCUUGGGGCGAGGCUUGCGGAAGCCCGAGCCGCCGGUGGGGCGGACCGGGGAGCGCCGAUGCGCCGCCAUUGGGUUAAGGCGGGCCGGCCGCCAUUUUGGAUGCCGAGUCGCCUCGCUGCGGGAAGGUAGGCUGCAGAACUGGCUCUGCAGCAGGAAGUGGAGGAGGCAUGCAAAUCACAACGCGGAACGGGGAGCCUCGUCGGCAGCCGCCGCGGGGGAGUGGAGUGGAGCGGCGCGGAGGAGCCACGCGUUGGGCUUCGCGCUCUCCGAAUGCCCGCGCGCGUCUCUGUGCCUCUGCCGUGGGAGGCCGGGCUGCUCUGCGGGAGCCCUGUGGAGAAACAGCUGUAGGGGAAGCCCGGUGUGAGUCCUGAAUAAUGUGCCUCACUGGAAAAGCCACCGGGUUUUUUUUUUGCUUUUUUUUUUUUUUUAAAUCCUCUGUUACUUACCGUCAGUCUCAAGCAUUACAACAACUGUGAUUCAGCCUACCAAAGAAAAUCACACGAUGACGAUAGCGAACUACAUCGAGAACAGCAACAAUAAAAAACCAACCCAAUGUAUCGUCUUUUCUUUUUCUUUUUUUUUUUUUUUAAAUUUGACUUUUAGUCACUUCCAAGUUUUCCUCCCGGUGCCUUCACACCACCACAAGAGCUGGGCGAGGCGGCACUGGCGGCCAUUCCCCGGGCACUGCCGCAAGACGCAGCUGUGUGGUGCCGCCUGCACCGCCUCCCUGACCUCCCCGCCCAGAGCUCCUCCUGAUCUUUACCCUACAUCUUCCUAGUUUAGCCCUAGGAGGAGUCUGUCUUGGCUGCAGCUGUGUACAGCUCUUCAUCCUUCGGGUGGCUGCAGGCUUUGUGCUCGACCGGCUGGCCUGCACACGUCUAAAUCACGUUCCCUGAGGUCAGGCGGUGCUCCUCGCUCCUGCACCCAUCCCGUGGCACGGGGAUCCCACCUAUGGAGACACACCACCCUCCAGCCCUGCUCAUGGCUGCGAGGUGAAGCCAUGGCCCAUACGCUUAUUUCCCCUUGUCAGAUUUCUAUGGGAACAUUCAGAUGGCUGGGGGCAGCCCCAGGCUGAAUGCUAAGCGUGGUUAUAUAUGUAGUGGUGCUCCCCAGGGCUUACCUUCUUCCCAGAGAUAUCAGGAGCUCAGCCCAUCCCUCUGUCCCACUCUCUGCCCUCCUUUCCUCCCUCCUCUGUCGAGGGUACCCAGCUUUCCUUUUGGGUCAUCCAAAAGUAUGCUUCUGGGCUGAAGCCAGGAAACAUUCAGUUAACAGCAUCAUCCCACAGAUGGGUGUCAGUGCUCCGGCUUUAACACAACCAGGAACGUGCAUCCUUUGCUGCCCACAGAACUGGGCCCUGGUGGGGAGCACUGCCCGAGCAGGGCUCAGGGCCUGAGGAGGAAUGACCCAGCCCUGAGUCACACCAAACCUGGCUUCCCGUCAGUCUCAUGGCAACUGCACUGCAGCUUGCACCCUGUGGCCGCACCAGUGCUGAAAGCAGGGCCUUGAACAGGCUCUGCCCUGUCUUGCCGGUGGGGUCUAUUUGUAAAGGGCUGUGCUGUGCUGCCAUCAGACAUCUCUCCCUUCACACACAAUACCAUCAAACACUUCUGCCUCCUAUUCUGGCAACAUAUGGACAGGCCUCUCUCAUUCUCCACUGUUUAUACCCUGGAUACCAUGCUACAGAAACACGGACUGAUUGAUGCUGACAGAGGCCCCUGAGUCCAUCUGCUCCAACACCUAUCCAAGCAGGGACACCUAGAGCGGGGUGCCCAGGCCCACGUCCAGGAGGCUUUUGGAGAUCCCUGAGGAGGAGACUGCAGCCUCCGGGCAGCCUGUGCCAGUGCUCCGUCACCCAUACAGCACAGCAGUGCUGCCUGGUGUUCAGAGAGAACCUCUUGUGUUCCAGUUCCAUUGCCCCUUGCCCUGGCACUGGGCACCACUGAAAAGGCUUAGCUAUGUCUUCUUUGCACUGUCCCCUCAGAUAUUUGUACAUGUUGAUAAGAUUCCCCUGAAACUCCUCUCCCCCAGGCUGAACAGUCCUAGAUCUCUCCAGUCCUUUCAGCAUCUUGGUGGCCUUUCAUUAAACUCUCGCUAGUAGCUUUAUGUGCUCCAUAUGCACUCGGCCACGUAGAAAUGCCCCUAGGAGCUGGUGCUAUCUGACUCAGUAUUCUCCUAGGGUUAUUUCCCCAUGGAAACUGCCAUGUACGUAUCUUUAUUUGAAGUGGUAUUUGUGGUCCAAAGAAGGGAGCAAGAGCAGCCUCGUUUCUCUGGAUGUGAUGCCUGGGGGAUAGGCUAUGAAAUCUGGCCCUCACGUGUGUACUUCUCUGUGCAGAAAUCAGGCCUACAGAUCUCACAGUGCCAGCAGCAGCAACCAAAGGACCAGCUCUGCUCCUUCUUUAACUUACCAACCCCCCCAAACCAGCAGGUAUCUGCAAUCAAAGAAUCAUUUUGGUUGGAAAACACCUUUCAGAUCAAGUCCAGUCACCAUAUCCCUCAGCACCACAUCCUCAUGUCUCUUAAAUACCUCCAGGGAUGGUGACCCCACCACUUCCCUGGGCAACCCGUUCCAAUGCCUAACCACCCCUUCUGUGCAGAAAUUGUUCCCAAUAUCCAAUGUAAACCUCCUCUGGUGCAACUGGAGGUUGUUUCCCACAUCCUAUAAUUUGUCACCUGAGAAAAGACACUGACUCCCACCUUGCUUUCACUUCCUUUUGCAUAGUUGUGGAAGAGUGAUGAAGUUUCCUCUCACCCUUCUUUUUUCACAUGGAGUACUUCCUCUCACUUGCGCUUCAGGUACUUUCUUAGAAGUCUGAAAAAAAGAGAAAAAAAAAAACACACACAAGGCAUGGAAGACUGCUAAUUGAUAACAAUGCUGCCGAGCAGCUUUAAGAGCAAAGCUGAGGUCCACCUAAACACUCUCCCACAGAGCUGUAGAAGCAAUUAACUCUUUUUGGAUUAGGAAACUUAGAAAACUUGUCUAGGUUCAUCCCAGAAUUUCCAAACCCAGGCCAUCCUAAUUGUGUUCUGAAAGCUGUUUUAUAGUUCUGAAGUCUGCCGACUGUCCCUACAGAGCACUGGAUCAAACUCGAAACGCUUUAAAGCUAGUAUCUCAUCUGUACAGUAUUUAAAAGCAGGAUGUGCUGUGUCAUAUUGGGCCCAUCACAGGAGCUACAGAUUAAUAUUCAAGUGCAGGUUGGGUUGUUUUCAUUGGCAAGAUCACACUGAGCUGUGUUAUAUAAAAACCAGUUGCUCGUCCUUCAGGAGUAAUAUUUCUUGUUUUGAUGAGGAAGACAAUGCCAACGCCUGGUGCUGCUUCUCAUGUCUUCUACCGCAUUUAUAUAUUCACAGAAUUAAUUUCAUCGUAAAUGCUUUUGUUUCCACAUGAUCCACUGUUUGGAGUAAAGCACUCCACAUCACUCAGCUUUUCACAUUAGUGACGUGAGUUGAUCUGGAGACAUCGGAAUGGGCGUUUCAUUCCACCUGCCUUGGUGUAAGGUGCACUGCAACCUCAAUUGGCCAGAUCCUCGCUGCUGUUGCGCUGCGAAGGGGUUUCCUUCCAUUCCCUGCUGUGUAGCGGUGUGCAUGUGCCUGCACAAAUAUUUUCCACUUUUUUUUAGGCUUUUGCUUUGGCAUCUUUUAGUCACGCCCUGGAGAGACACCUGAAAGGGGAGAAAAAAGUACCUCCACAUCAGCUUAUGCACUGCUUCUAAUUAAACCUUGCAUAAUGACAAAAACCCUCCUGCCAUUUGUUAAGAUUUUCCCCACGGCAUUCUGUAUCCCCUUAAUUAAGAGCAGGAGCUAAGUAAUACCUAUUUUAUUCCCUGUUGCUUCCAAUUAGGCAUCCAUUGAUCAUUACCCACCCAACAUUUGACAAUUAACAGAGCUCCCACUCUCUGCAAGACCAGAGGACAUACUUCUUCAGCAACACACGACCAGAGUAAUGCAUGGGGAGCUGUGGGGUAAAUGAUGGAGUUAGAAGCAGGAGGGUACGGCCACCCAAGUGGAACAGAAGACAUGCCAUAUGCAAAUGUUCAGGAUGCGGUGCGUGUUUGAUACAUGGGGUGUGUGUGAGGUCAUGUGCAAAGCUCACUGGAGGCCUGGCUGCACAUGGGAGGCAUGGGAAUCGAGGGCAAACUUUAGUUCUCAGAUGAUCAAACGUACCUUAGCCUCUGCCUUUAGAAUACAAAUCAGUUCCCAAUGUGGCUCUUUACUUUUUUAGUAGACCAGAAGUUAGCACCCACUCCUGACUCCUGGGUUGGCAGUGCAGAUGAAGCUGAGCCCUAUGUGGGCUCACAGUGGCCCCCAUGAAGUCACUGGUGGCUGAAGACCUGUUUUUGGCUCCAUCUGAUCAUGCCCAGGCCAUGGCCAACGGCAAGCAGUGCAGAUGCCCUGUGAACCAAAAGGGCACUGCCACAUCCAUUUUCCAGCAGGAGGGAGCCUUCCUGGACAACUUCUGAGGGGAAUCCUGAGGUGUGAUGGGGCUGGAAGGUGGCCCAGAGCAUUGUGGGUGUGAAUACUGAGUCAGCAGUGCCAAGGUUUCGGGUAGGCCCUCCGCACCAGGGUGAACCCUAGAGUAAGCAGAUAAAGUUACAGCAUGGGCGGCCCAGAGCCCUCAUUGAGCUGCAGCCCGGCCAGGGAGGAAGGAGGAGAAUCUCAUAUCUGGGCUCUUUGCCCUUGUAGCCAUUUAUGGAGCUUAAUGCUGAGUUAUUCCCAACAAUGAGCAGAACAAUCCGGCUCCCAUCUGCCUCAGGUAGGCAGGCAUAAUGCCUUCCCUUCAGACACAGACACGCAGGUCCUGGAGCAUUUUGUCCACUACCUUAGAUACACACUACUCACUCUCCCUUCAUCAGAGAAGACGUUUACAUUGGGUAAAAGCACCUGCAGCCCAAGCUCAUGGCUCUGCUGUCAUCUGAUGGCCUGCCAGCACAGUUGGUGCUGAGACCUCUGGCUCUCCCCAUACACCACAUGAGGUACAGCCCACAUGGAACGCUGUGCGUCCCAGCAGGGCACUCCUCUCCCUAUUGGCCCUCUGCAGGCCCCACAUUGCAGCCGUGCCUUUGGGGGAAAGGUUUUCUCUCCCUGACUUGGGAAUCAGCCAUAGAGGCUCUGUGCCAUGACUUCAGGCCCCAAAUACUGCAGGGCUUUGCUCACUGCCCCUCUCCUGGCCUGGCCAAGGAGUGGGAGCCAGCAAAGAGGAAAAAAGAAAGCCUACAAGAGAAGCUCUUUUAUUAUUAACACCAUUCUGUCCUCUAAUCCACUCAUGUCCUGUUUUACAAAUGCAUUUUUGUUAAGCGUGCUGCUACAGGGGGAGAAUACAAGGAGAUGAAUUGAUGUUUGUGUAGGUAUAGAUGUUGCGCGUGAAUUGCAUUUUGAUAUAUACACACAAGAACACUGGCUAUAUUAAACAUUAACAGAAAACAUCUCACAGACAGAAGCGAAGCUGGCACUUCCCUCCUCAUGUUCAGACCACAUCUCAGCACCCCAGUUUCAGCUAUCAGUUGCUCCUGGUAAGUCAAUGGCCCUGGGAGACAGAGCUUCAUCUUCUGUGUGGGCGGCAGCCUGGCCAGGGGCUCUUUUUCCUCUUCUGCUGAUAGAAUGUGGAUUCUCUUUUGGUCUGUGCAGGAAAAUCCAAACUGAAAGUGUCCCUUCCUUCAGUGAAGGUGGCAGGGAACACUGCCCUGAUGCAAAGAAGCCCCUUCAGUGUGUGAGUCACAGGAAAUUAUAAUCACCGCUUACUGAGAUUGCAGAACACAAUGAGAUUUCUGAGCUGCAAACAGACUUCAAUUACUCUUGAAAGACAGACAGACCCUCAAACUGACAUGAUUUGAGAAAAUAAAUAUGCUUUCGUCUGCACUGCUGGUGGUAAUUUCCCAUUAGACAGGAAAAGCCGUCUUUGAUGGAUGAAUAUUGUCUCACGUUAGGAGAGGAGCUACUGUAUAUACACUAACAGCACUCGCAUACUGGGUUCAGCCUCACAUGAGGCCCUUAGACCCUCAGGGUGCAAUAUGGUAGCAAUCAUUAGCGUGCUGCAUUCUUUAUUUGAGCAUCUGAGUAAUGGAUGGUGCUUAUCCAAAUAAAUCUGACCAACUUCCCACUCACCUCCAAGUUCUGUGGCAAGGUCAAAUACAUGCAGCGCUCUGCCCUCGUGGUGCGCAGUGAGUUCUUUCCAGGAUAGAGACUUCAUGGGGAAUGCUCGCACUGCAGACAGAUUUUCCAUAUGGGAUUAUUUUUGUAACGUUAGCAGUUAAUCAGUUUUCCAUUUUAUAUUUACUUUGUAUUUAUUUUCUAUAGUGGUAAUUAAACCAAAGUCAGAGUGUCACACAGAACUAAGUUAAAUGCCAUUUGCAGAAGCCAAAGAACAUCCUGUCAGUGCCUUUGACAAACUCUGGAUCUUUCGGAGGAUCCACCAAGUCUCACGUUAUUUCCUCCCCACACAAACAUGUUAACAGGCAUUAAUUGUAUGAAUUGUCCCUUCUGUGGCAGUGUAGCAUCUCUGCCUGUCAUUUCUCAUGGGACGGGCAUUGGAUGAAUCUGCCCAGAGACAGGGGUCACCCCCAGAGUCCUCCCAGCUGUCGGUGGGUCGCCUCUUCAUGUUGGUUUGGAGUCAGGUGGGCUGCUGCAGGGAGCUUUUAGCCAACCGUCUUCACCUGGCUGUGAUUUAUUUAGCCUUACAUUAAACACAAUUAUUGGAGAGAAGAGGAUAUUUUUAGAUAUUUUCUACUUCUACAGUCACCGCACAGCUAUGUGUGGUGCAUACACAGUCGCUAAGGAAACAAUUUGAUUAAUUUAUAGCAAAAAUGCUAACAACCUUGUUUAAAUUUUACUAACGUUUUUAUUUGAGAGAUUAAAAAACCCAAACAACAAAACUCCCAACAUUAAGAAAAAGAAGCAGAAGAGCUACCGAUGAGAAAUGAUCUGGAUCUGCCACCCAGUAGCAGCAGCAGUCUGCACGUGGCUGCGGGCAGGUACUCACAGGCUGAAUGUGACAUGAGGAACUGCAAACCCGAGAAUCAGAAAUAAAGGCCAUAAAAUCCCAAUGACUCCCCAUCUCAGUCUUAUUUCCAAUGAGAAACACAGGCAAAAUCCCAAACGUUUUAGCCUCAUCCCAUCUGCUAUAGACCUGGGAAGAAUGACCGUGCUUUGCCACCCUUUUUCUGGGUACAUGACGUUUUGGCUUUGCCAGCCAGCCGAGCUCCUGCAGAGGGCUUAGCGCAGUGGGUGAUGCUUUAAGGCAGGGGCUAGCUGUGGGAAAAAGGACCACAACUCACCUUGUAAGUAUUAAGAGGAGACUGAUUUUGAAAAGUCCAAUAAGAAUUAUGGCCUCUUCGGUGUUCCACAGCUACAGGUACAGAAACAUUGAAUAUAGCAUGUACAUAAUGUUACUUAUAGACUCUACACGCAAAACGUUAACCAAUUUAUCAUGGAAGUCUGGUAACAAGCAACAUUGCCAUGUAAAUGCACGCUUGGAGAAAGGCUGAGUGCAGAACUCUCUUUGCAAGAGGAUUUGCAGUCACUGCUUUGUAUAGAAAACAUGAAAGCAACGAUGACAAUGUUUUCUCCAAAUCUCAAUUCAUCAUUGUGUUAUAUUUCAGGAACCGAAAAAUGUUCUCUUUAGAAAACGUGUGGCUAUUCAGACUACGAAUUCGCAACCUAAUUAUUAAAUAAUUAAAAAAACACUUAAACUGUCAUGAAGUCUUACUUGGCUGCAAUAGUUUAAAGCAACGACAGCAAUACAAGGCAUAGAAUUCUUUUUCCUGCGACACUUGUAAAUGUAUUCACAUUAAAAGCAAAGGGACUACUGAAGAAGAAACUCUUCUGCAGAACAGAGGAGAGACCAGCUGUGCACUCAACCACCUUCCUUACAGUUGAACUCCAGCUGCUUACAAACAUACUGACUUCAGAACUCUGAAAACGGUGCCCCAUAGGUCCGCACACUCCUACCAAAUACGGAGCCCCAAAGAGCACGACACCCCUUCUUGAAACGUCCUUAUCUCCUCUCCACCGUUAUCUCCACAAUUUAAACAAAAGAACAACUAUCCAAAUGUAAAAUGCUCUUUUUUUUUUUUUAAUUACUAAAUUAAGAAAGUUAAACAGUUUUAAAAUGUAAACUUGCAAAUAAACCAUAACAAAAUGUAAUUAAGACUUUAAAAUUUGCAACUCAGUAUUAAAAACUCAAUAGAAAUAGAAAGGAAGUUUUUUUUUUGUUUUUUUUUGUUUGUUUGUUUGCUUUUUGGUUAAACGUAAGUAAUUCAAGGCUGGUACAGACAA